CUCAGAUCUGCAGCGUUGCUCAGCCUUCUCGCUCCCGCGUCGGCGGUGGUGCUCACCGCAGCGCGCGCGCCUCCUCGCGGCGCCGCCGCUUCGGCCGCCUCAGCGAGCUGCGCUCUGGUGGGUCGGCCGCCGCGGCUGGCAGCGGCGAGCCGUUUGCGGAUGCAGGUGCAGCAGGAGGAGGGGUCGAGCGCGCCGUCGCCUUACGACGAGUUCCUGCUGGCGGACGUGAAGACGGGCGAGCGGAGCCGCAUCGGGCUCGACGAGAAGGAGAAGCUCUACCUCGACUGCCUCGACGCCUUUUACAACGACGAGAAGCCGGUGCUGGGCGAUUCCGAGUACGAGACGCUCAAGACGGACCUGCAGUUCGAGGGGUCUCGGAUCGCGGCCUUCUCGAAGGACGAGAUCAAGUACCUCAUCGCCAACAAGCGCUUCGUCAUGGGCAAGCCCUUCCUCUCUGACAGCGAGUACGACUCGCUCCGUCGCAAGCUCAAGACAGCGGGCUCGCCGGUGGUGCUGCACGAGGCGCCUUCGUGCAAGGUGGACGGGACGUGCCGGUUCGACAUGAAGGUGGACGAGGGCAAGCAGCGGCUCCUCUACCUGCCCGGCACGCUCGGCGGACUGAUCCUGGCGUGCGAGGUGGAGUUCUGGACGCUGCACAUCGACCCCCUCCUCUCGAUCGUCCUUGGAGCCCUGCCCGCCUACCUCUUCGGCGUCUGGUUCACCGAGAACAUCUUUGCCCAAAAGCCGCUCGUCGCCUCCACCGCUUGCCCGAGCUGCAACUCCUUGCUGACCGUCUACUUUGGCGACCUGUUUGGCGUGCAGCGCGACGGCAUCAUGGGGCCUGCAAAGCAAAAGGAGGCGGGCUCGAGCCAGGUGGGGGUCAAAUGCCCCGACUGCACGGCCAAGCUCAUCGCUGACCGGACGACGAUGCGCAUCGAGUCGAACAAAGUGGCCGCCUAGGAGAGCGGCGGCACGGCGCGCCGUUCGCCCCUCCGCCUGGAGUUGCCACUUGCACCCCCCCCUUUGGCUUGCCAUUGUCCCUGCGCGUGGCCUGCACACAUGUUGUUGUACACAUGAACGCCGGGGCGUUUGGGCCGAGCACGUUUCGCGAUCGGAUUCACGGCAGUCCAACCAUAGUCCAGCUUCCAUUUGAUUCUUGUG